CAUGUAUGUGAUCUGCUCAUGACGGUCAGAGGAGUCUGAGCUGCACACACUUUGUGGACGAGGAACAUCAUCUGAACUGACGCAUUUCAACAGAAAAAAAAAUUAAUGUUGGGUCUUCAGAAACUGCCCAUCACAGUGGCCCUCUGCCUGCUGCUCCUUGCCACACUGUUACCCAGCUCUGAGGCCCGCCGUGGUCGUGGAGGUGGCUUCAGCCGAGGUGGAGGAGGCUUGAGCCGGGGCUGGGGCGGCGGUGCUGGUCAGGCUUACAGACCCGUCCAGAGCAGUGGCCCCAGUGCAGGGAAAAUAGCAGGGGCAGCUGCAGCAGGCGCUGUAGGAGGAGCGAUGCUUGGAUCUGCCUUGAGCCGCCCCGGGUAUGGGUACGGGUAUGGUGGAUACGGAGGAUAUGGGGGAUAUGGUGGAUAUGGAGGAUAUGGGGGAUAUGGGGGGGGCUAUGGCCCACGGUUCGUAGGUGGUGGUGGCUACGGCCCCAGGUCUGGCUAUGAGCCAGAGGGCUCUGGAGAUAUGGAGUACUACACCGGAGCAUCCAGUGGCCCCAUCUACAACAGUAUCAUCGUUGUUAUCGGCUCCCUGAUGUCCCUGCUGAUGGGCCACUGGGUGGCAGUCAUGUAGAGCUGGACUCAGAGCUGAGAUCCCAAAAACAGACAGAACAAAUUCUGACCAAAAAUAAUCCACGACCUGACAGAAAACAGGACUAUUUUUGGUUUAACGUCCAGUGUGACCUAAAAUAUGAUCUUUGAGUGAUGAAAAGCUGUGUCCAACUUCUUUUCCUGACACUUGAGUGACUCUCCAUGAGGACAGGAAGAGGACUAUGACCCAUUUAAACUCCGCAACACGUCAGUGUGACACCAUACUUUAAUCAGCAGGUGUACUGAUUAACAAAGAAAACACACUCCCUGUAGAUAAUUGUCAGAGUCGUCAGAUAAUUUGACUCGAUGAAUCACUCUGCAUUGUAUCCCAUGCUACCGUUUCUCCUUUUAACGUGUUCAGUCUUUUUAUACUUUUGAUGAUUUUGGUGGCGAUGAUGAUGAUGGUACUAAUGAUGGCGAGUGUUUUCUAGCAAACACAUUCUCCAUAAGCAGUCUGAGAGGAUAGAGGAGGAGUAAAAUUAGAUGUGUAAUCAGGUUAAGGCUACCUCAUGAAAUCAUGUCAGGACCAGAGUUUAAGAGCAGCUACACACUUCAUAUGAUAACGCCAUCCCUCUUUGUAUUUCAUCAUAACUUAAUAAUUCUUCCCGUAUCUUAGAUUUUCAGUGCAUUACUUGUAUAUGUAUACUUUACCUGAUUAAAGUACAUGUUUUAUGCCAUUUUGUAGACUUUUAAGAGAGAAAAUGUGGUCCUAUGUUUGAUAUUGUUCUAUGAGUAAAAAGAACUUAGAACAAACAUUGCUGUU